GAGGCGCUGCAGCCGGUGCCCGCAGCCCUGGACCGGGCCCGCUCGCUGGCCGCGGUCGGUCAAGCUGGAGGCUGCAUGGGCCGGAGCUCGCCCCCAGCGGCUCGGCUCCGCUCCGGAGAGUCCAGCAUGGACCACCUGAUCCUGUGGACGCUGCUGCUUUUGUCCCCCGCAGCCUGGGUUCAGGGCUGUCCCUCAGGCUGCCAGUGCAGCCAGCCACAAGUUGUGUUCUGUGCGGCCCGGAGGAGCCACGCCGUCCCGAGUGGCCUGCCACCGGACACAGCCUACCUGUACGCCUUCGAGAAUGGCAUCACCUCGCUCCAUGACGACAGCUUCCAGGGCCUCCCGGCACUGCAGCAGCUGGACCUCUCCCAGAACAAGAUUUCCAGCCUCCAGAGGAAUGUCUUCCAGCCCCUCACCAACCUUGUCAACUUGGAUCUGUCAUCCAACCAGCUGCGUGAGAUCACCAACGAAACCUUCCAUGGGCUGCGCCUGCUGGAGCGCCUCUACCUGGACCGGAACCGAAUCCAGCGCAUCCACCCGGCUGCCUUGGACACACUGGAGAACCUGCUGGAGCUGAAGCUCCAGAACAAUCAGCUGCGUUUGGUUCCUCCGCUGAACCUUCCCAAACUUCUGCUGCUGGACAUAAGCCACAACGGCAUUGCCACCAUCGAAGCUGGUGCCUUUCACACAGUGAACAUAGAAUCUCUCAAGAUCGCAGGGCUGGGACUGAGCAGCUUGGAUGAGGAGCUUUUUCAGAACUUGAACAACCUCCAUGAGCUGGACAUCUCUGACAACUCGCUGGGUAGAGUCCCGGAGGUGCUCCGGCGGCUCCGGGGCCUCACCAGGCUCAGCCUGGCUGGGAACACCCAAAUCGCUCAGCUGCAGGUGGAGGAUUUCAGGGAGCUGCCCAACCUCCAAGAGCUGGACAUCAGCAACCUCAACCUCAACACCAUUCCCCACGACUUCUUCAGCCUCUUCCCCAGGCUCCGGGCCAUCACCGUGGCCGAAAAUCCAUUCAACUGCCUCUGCCAGCUGAGCUGGUUUGGGCGCUGGCUACACACCAGCCAUGUCACACUCAGGAGGUCCGAGGAGACAAGGUGCCACUUCCCUCCCAAGAACGCUGCUAAGCUCCUCCAGCACCUGGAAUAUGUAGACUUUGGCUGUCCUGCCACCCCAACCCCCACCCCCACCCUGAGAACCACCUCCCUGCAGCCGGCCGUGCUCCUCACCAGCAGCGGGCACUCUGCACUGGAGCCCAGCCUUGCUGCUCCCACUCAUGAGCCCGCACCCCGGCAGGACAGCUCUACUCGUGCACCACACACGGCUGCGCAGGGGCCGACUAGCCCCGAGAUGCAGAUCUGCCCUCCCCGGACGUGCUUAAAUGGGGGCACCUGCCAGCUAGACACGCACAACCACCUGGAGUGCCAGUGCCCCAACGGCUUCUCGGGCUUGUACUGCGAGGCCGAGAUCCAGAGAACAACCCUGCCCCCCAUCACCCAGGCACCCACGCAAAGCAAGCAAAUCAGCAUUAAGCAGGUCAGCAGCACCUCACUGACGGUGGACUUAAAAAACUAUCAACAGGCCAAAGAUCAGCUGAAGGGCAUCCGCCUGACCUACCGCAACCUGUCCGGGCCCGACAAGCGGCCGGUCACACUCAGCCUGCCGACGUCACUCUCCGAAUACACCGUACGUGCGCUGAGACCGAACUCCACCUACCACCUCUGCACUGGACCGCUGGGGGAGAAGCCCUCCGAAGGGGAGUUCUGCAUUGAGGCCCACACUGCAGUGCAGGGGACUCACCAGCAGCACCUGCCCGUCACCCAGAGCAAAGACAGCAACCUGACGCUCAUGAUUGUGCCAGCGCUGGCUGCUGUGCUGCUGCUGGUGAUUGCUGUGACAGCAGUCACAUACUAUCUCCGGCACCGACGGGCUAAGGCACAUGCUGAUGCUGGGGUGGACUCCAGCCCCCUGGAGCUGGAAGGGGUGAAAACAUGUCUGGAAAACAGAGACUUAGUGACCCACAGUCAAAAGCUGCCAGAGAAAGUGGCAGUGCUGAACGGCUUAGAAUGCGACGUCCCCCUUGUGCACCAACGCUAUCCCAGUAACAACAACAGCCCAGCGGUCAAGCCGUCCUAUUUCUAGAGCAAAAGAGAGACCAUGAGAGAGUCUCCAUUCACAAGUCCCAGAGCCUGGAUGGACGGGAUACGGGCUGACCGUUGUUUCUACCCAGGGAACGUUCCACAUGGGACAAGGGACAUUGAGAGUUAACUUAAAUUAAGACAGAACCCCACAUAAUGUGCAAUUUUCCUAGAGGCUUAUACAUGUAGGAAGUAGACACUGUAAUUUAUCUGCUCAGCACAUGACUAAGUGCCUGCAUUUCCCUGGCUGCCCUGCUGUGUGUGCAGAGAGAAGGUUUUUAGCCACUGCUACACUGAAUGAUGUGUGACUUAGGCCUGGUCUACACUAUGCAUUUAAACCGAAUUUAGCAGCGUUAAACCGAUUUAAGCCUACACCC